AUGUUUUCAAAAGUUGCUUCUAGAUCAUUUUCUUCUUCUGCUUCCAACGCCUACAAAGUUGCCGUUUUAGGUGCUGGUGGUGGUAUUGGUCAACCAUUAUCUUUAUUAUUGAAAUUGAACCACAAAGUUACCGAUUUGGCUCUUUACGAUAUCAGAGGUGCUCCAGGUGUUGCUGCUGAUGUUUCCCACGUCCCAACUAACUCCACCGUCAAAGGUUACAACCCAGAUCAAAUCGAAGAAGCCUUGACUGGCUCCGAUGUUAUUGUCAUCCCAGCUGGUGUUCCAAGAAAACCAGGUAUGACCAGAGACGAUUUAUUCAACACCAAUGCCUCAAUUGUCAGAGACUUGGCCAAGGCUGCUGCUGAUUACGCUCCAAAUGCCGCCGUUUGUAUUAUUUCUAACCCAGUCAACUCUACUGUUCCAAUUGUUGCUGAAGUUUUCAAAUCAAAAGGUAACUACAACCCAAACAAAUUGUUUGGUGUCACCACCUUGGAUGUCUUGAGAGCUGCCAGAUUUGUUUCUGAAGUUGCCGGUACCAACCCAGUUAACGAAAACGUUCCAGUUGUUGGUGGUCACUCCGGUGUUACCAUUGUUCCAUUGUUGUCUCAAACCAAACACAAGGACUUGUCCGGUGAAACCAGAGAUGCUUUGGUCCACAGAAUUCAAUUCGGUGGUGAUGAAGUUGUCCAAGCUAAAGAUGGUGCUGGUUCUGCUACUUUGUCCAUGGCUCAAGCUGGUGCCAGAUUUGCUGGUGCCGUUUUGGACGGUUUGGCUGGUGAAAAGGAUGUCAUUGAAUGUACUUUUGUUGACUCACCAUUGUUCAAAGACGAAGGUGUUGAUUUCUUCUCUACUAAAGUCACCUUGGGUGUCGAUGGUGUCAAGACUGUGCACCCAAUCGGUGAAAUUUCUGAUUACGAAGAAGCUCAAGUCAAAGAAGCUAAAGACACUUUGAUCAAGAACAUCAAGAAAGGUGUUGACUUUGUUGCUCAAAACCCAUAA